CGCUGUUGUACGAGUAGGAAGCGGAGGAGGCCGUGCAGUCGGAUUGCUGCAGAAUUUGAAUUUUGCGUAGAGCUCAAGUAUGGGUGUUAGAGGCUUGCAUUGGUUUGUGACCAGUACCUGUCCAGGUGGGUGUAUGGUAGUGAACCUGAAAGAAAUGGCUGAAAACCAUCAGAGCAAGUAUCCUGGAUCAGUCCCUGUUUUGGUGGUAGAUGCGAUGUCUUGUCUUCGACAGUGGUACACACCAGAAUCUUGGGUGUGUGGUGGCCAAUGGUGUGAAUAUCUUUCUAAUCUGGAUGGUUUCAUAAGGGCCUUCUCAGCAGCUGGUAUCAAACUGGUGUUCUACUUUGAUGGCCUGGUGGAGCAGAAGAAGCGGGAUGAAUGGGUCAAGCGGCGAUUAAAAAAUAACAAAGAAAUAGCCAGGAUCUUUCAGUUCCUCAAGAUCAAUAAGCAGCAGCCUGGGAGAGGAAUGUUCUUUAUUCCUUCUGGGUUGGCCACUUUUACAUGCUUUGCUUUGAAGACCCUUGGUCAAGAGACACGAUGUUCACUGCAAGAGGCAGACCAUGAAGUGGCAUCUUAUGGACUGCACAACAAUUGCUUGGGAAUCCUUGGAGAAGACACUGACUAUCUGAUUUAUGACACAGUUCCCUAUUUUUCCAUUAAUAAGCUCUGUUUAGAGAAACUAGAAACUAUCACGUACUCAAGACAGAAUCUUUGCAGUAUGCUGGGCCUCUGUUUAACAGAUCUUCCCCUUUUGGCCUGCAUCCUUGGCACAGACAUCAUACCAGAAAGGGCUAUGGAAAGUUUUCGGAAUAAAUGCAUAGCUUCAUCAUCUGGAAAAAGUCAGUGCUCUGAUAAAAGGUCAAGCAUGAUUCUAGCUGUGGCCAAUUACAUUUCAACUAUUCCACGCUCAUAUGAUAGUGUGAUCACUUUGGCAGAAAUGUUGCCUCAGGGAUUGGACAAGACUAUACUUUACCAAGGAAUAGAAUCUUACCUCCUGCCUGGGCAGCAGUCUCCGUGGCUUCCCUGUGACUUCUCACAUCACUCAGUAGCAUCAACGCAACAAGAAGUGCCACUGUGUUCAGAUCAGGAAAUCUUUCAGAUAGCAAAACAGCAACACGUGAGAGCCGAAAACUAUAUGGUGUACAACAUCCUGAGUUCUGGAGAAGUUGAAUGUAGCAAUACAUUGGAAGAUGAACAGGAUGCAGAACUUCCUGGACAGGCACGUAUCUACCAGCUUGCCCGUCAGCAUAUCUAUUCAAUCCUGCUGGAAUCUGUAAAAGAUGUCCAUGGAACUUAUCCUGUGGUAAAGGAGUGGUUCGUAUACCCUGGGAACUCCCUACAGCAACCAGACCUAAUACAACCAAAGCAACUUCCAGGUGGCACUCCUAGUUUGAGAUUGCUGUGGCUCGGCAGAGGACCAGAAGAUGAAAAGCGCCGCUACUGCACAUUCCUGGCAUGCUUUCAACUUCAAGAUGUGGCAGAGGAGCUCCAGGCUCUGGAAGCUCCCACUGGGGCUGUCUGCACCCUGUUGCUCUACCUCAUACUGCAAGUGGGCAGCCUCUCUUUGGAAGACUUGAAUGCUUUUAUGGCUCAGGCACUGUGCCUUAAGGGGAAGUCAGCUGCUCAGCUUGCAGACUUGCAGCUGGCCCAGGUUGAUUCAAGAGCUGUCCAGCUCGGUUCUCUCUUCAUCCGAGGCCUGUGUGUGUUGGUGAUGGCCAACAGUGCUUGUGGCUUCCCCUUCAGAAUGGAUGAUUUAAUGCCAUGGCACAUAUUUGAUGGGAAGCUCUUUCAAGAGAAAUAUGAGCAGGCCCACAGAGGAUGCCAUUUGCAUGAGCUUUUGGAAGGCAAUGAAGCUUGGCUUGCAGAGUUUCAGAACCUCAGAUCCCUUAUUUGUAAAGUAUGCUCAGCAAAAGGUAGACAUAUUCAGAGCAGACAGAGACCGAACAGAUUUGUGACUGACAGACAAGGAAGAUGCCAAGGUUCUCGUUUUCAGAAUCCAAGAAGAAUUCAGCCACAUCACCAGUACAGGCAAUACUUUGGGAGAGUCUCUCAGCCACCUGGUUAUCCAGCUGAAUUCCAGCCUCCAGGUCCGGGAUUUAGGUCAAGACAUGGACCACCAAGGAGACAAAGAUUCUAGCUUGCUGCUCAGUGAAUCAUUAUUACAGAAUAUGGCCCAGUUGAUUCUCCUCAUCAUAAACAGAACAACCAAGCAAAUAGUCCUGAUAGUCUGCAAAAAUUAAUCAUUACAAUUUCAUGAUAUAUUUAAUGCUGUAUAUUGCAUUGUUUAAAUGUGGUGAGCAAUACAGCUUGCCUUGCUUUUUCAAGCUGUAUGGAUUCUCAUGAGUAUAUAUUGUUACACGGUGGAUUGAAAGGUGUUCCCUCAAGGGAAGCAGCAGCCAAAAAAUAGCAAUUAGUCAAAGGAAGAAGAAAAAAAACUUUCUAAAGGGCUCAAUUUUGGAUGCCACACUAUUCAGUAAUUUCAUUAAUCAAGUGGCAGGGAGCAUUCUAACACACUUCUGGAUGACAGCUGAAGGGUGGACUACAAAGACUGAAAAACAGCAUUUCAAAAUAAACUCAGAAAGAAGUUAAAUUCAUUGAAGAGUAUAUUACACUGAAAGGUGAUAUCUACAAAGUGGGAGAAAAGUAUCUUCAGAGUUUCCAUUCCUAUUUUGUCCUUAUCUGCCAAUAAAAAAUAUUUGUUGUAUUGACAUUUAA